AUGGAGAACCAAACUGGAAGCCGUGGCUGUUUCAAUUGCGGCGAACCUGCUCACCAGGCCCGCGACUGCCCCAAGAAAGGCACUCCUACCUGCUACAACUGCGGUGGCCAGGGACACGUCAGCCGUGAAUGCUCCCAACCCCCCAAGGAGAAGUCCUGCUACCGCUGCAACCAAACCGGCCAUAUCUCGCGCGAGUGCCGACAGCCCGCUGCUGGCAACGGCUACGGAGGCGGAUUCUCGUCAGGCGGCUCUGGACAAGAAUGCUACAAGUGCGGUCAGGUCGGACACAUUGCUCGUAACUGCUCCCAAGGCGGCGGCUACGCAAGCGGUGGUCACGGUGGAUUUGGAGGUCGCCAGCAGACCUGCUACUCCUGCGGUGGAUAUGGCCACAUGGCUCGUGACUGCACACAGGGACAGAAGUGCUACAACUGCGGAGAAGUCGGCCACGUCUCUCGCGAUUGCCCUACCGAAGCCAACGGAGAGCGCGUCUGCUACAAGUGCAAGCAACCCGGCCAUGUGCAGUCUGCUUGCACCAACUAG